UGCUUGCAAAGAAUGAAUUUCCUACUCGACUUGAGGCCACUUGAGUACAUCGGGGGCCUUGUGCUGCUCAGCCUCGUUCCGCAUCGAUCCAGCCAAUCCCCAGCCACCUAACUCAACUAAACGCGUCAAAACACGCUCUUGUCGCGACGUGACACGCUUGCCCAGCCCCCAACGCAACCCCCAUUCCCGGUAACUUAGCCUGCUGCCGCUUUGAUACCCCUGUGCUCUUUGUCCUUCUCUAAUUCCACCAUUCCCAUCAACAUCUCCCGCAUUAGAAACCUCAACCAACACAAUUACCACGGAACUGCACCAACAAUCCCCAAUAGACAAACGCCCUACAAGAUCCGAUACCAAAUGACUGGUCCUCGUACAAAGCGGCAAUUCGCCGGCGCAGCCAGCGAUCCUGCGCAACGCCAAAUCACAUCAUUCUUCCCCAAGACAGCUUCCUCCACCAACUUGUCUGCGACUUCGGCACCCUCAAGACAAUCCAACCACAAUGUCCCUGCGCUCCCCGCGCAAAUCCAAACCGACCUCUUGAAUGUCGGCAUGCGAGUCCGCAAGGCGGUUCCAGAAGGCUACAAGACGGGCAGCUCUUACUGCGCUUUCCAGCUCUGGGCUGAACAGGACAAUACAUCCUCCGCGCCCACAACUACCACAACAACCACAGCACCGAGUGCUAAAUAUGCUUCCACGAUACGGGAGCUUGAACCCUUCUGCGGGAUUCACAAAGUAGGCGGGCUGGGCUUCCAAACGCUGCACGCCGUCCGAGACGAAAACCACGAUGACGACGACAGCGAGGAGGCCGAUGAACUGAUGUCCAUGCCUGGCCUUACCAGCACCCAAGAAUCGGCCAUCAGCACAACAAGCAGCAUCGCCCCGGCCGCCACCACCACCUUACCGCUGCACAUCAUGGCGCCUGCGCUCAACAACAACAACAACCGCAAGCGCUUCUUCGCCUCUGACGAGGACGACGAGCGCGCGGGGAUGCUGCUCCACCCUCACCAGCACGUCGGGCCGUUCCGGCUGAACAACCACGACGACGCCUGGCUGGACGGGGAGAUCUCCCCCUGCAGCCUGGCCCCCGCGGGCUGGGAAAAUGCGAGAGUGCUGGCGGUGCCAAAGACGCGGCAGAGCAAGCCUGGGCGGAAGUCUGGCGGCGCCGUUGCGGCAGCUGCUGCCGAAUUGGUCGGGCAGGAGAAUGUCAUGGUUGUGACUGGCGGGGCGGACGGGAACGAUUUCGAGGAGGCGAGUUUCCUCGAUUACCGUCUCGCUGUGGAUAUGGAUGUUGAGUAAGGCAUUCGCGUAGAGAGAGUUUGGAGAUGCGUAUGGACAGUUUUGGAAGGGUGGGCGGAGCGAUGAUGGGCUGGUUCAGUGGUUUUAUUGCACACGGCAUUUUCUGAUGCGGCGUUCAUGGCUAUGGUCUGUUUGGGCGUUGUGGAGACGAUGCAUUAUACCAUGGGUCUUAGGGCGAGUUGCUGAUGAUAGUAUACCUCAAGCGGUAACAUGGUCUUGCUGUGAGAAGUCCAUUGUCUCAGCGAAGAGAAACCAAGGAAAGGACAAACACUCCUACACACUCUAUGACAUUGCGCUGCGGUAAUAGACACAGUUUCCGUUAGCACGCUAACGACACAAGAAAUGGACAGUAGAGUAUAAUUAUCUUGCGGAAAAGGC